AUGUUGUCCUUGUCCUGGAUGGCAUGCCUCAGCGUUCUCCUUCCCUUGGCUACCGCCGCGUGCUGUAACGGUGACGACGACGUCCGAUGUGAAGAUGGCACUCGAAGUACACCAUGCUGCGGAUACGGAAAAUGUAACAUAUUCUGCUGCGCCUGCAAAGGCGGCUGUCGUCACACGAAACGGGACCUUCCACUUGAAUUGGCUGAUCGUUCGGACGCUACCACCACAGCUUUCAUGGAAGCUGAUACAGAGGGUACGGGCAGUAUCACUCUGGACCGCUAUCUGGAGUAUAUGGCGGUGAAGGGAGAUAGUGAGGUAUGGGUAAAGUGGUUUGACGACCAUGAAAACGCGGUUCUAGCCAAGGAUCAAUACGGCUUGCGGAAUGAUGCUGUAGAUGCCUCUAACACAACAUGGUGCUAG